AUGCCGGGUGAAAAGCCGGAUCAGCAUACGAAUUCUGAGCUACUCGCCGCCGACGCUUCACCAUCAACAUACAAUGAGCUACUAGCCUACGACUUCCCUGUGGGCCUUCUUCCAGUGGGUGUCACCGGCUACGAGCUAAACAAAGACACCAGCGAAAUCAAAGCUUUUAUUGGCCAAACAUGUACAUUCAAAAUCGAAGGAUAUAACCUUAAAUAUAAGUCAACGAUUAGUGGGGUCAUUGAAAAAGGGAAGCUAAAAAAUCUUAAAGGCAUAAGUGUAAGAAUCUUGUUGGUUUGGUUCAACAUUGUUGAAGUUAGUCGAUGUGGCGAUGAUAUCGAUUUUUCGGUUGGGGUUUUGUCUGCUGGAUUUGGGAUUGAUAAUUUUGUUGAAUCGCCACAAUGUGGUUGUGGUUUUGAUUGUAAGAGCAAGAAGAACAACAUGAUGUUUUUGGAGGAUGCACUUUUGAUGUCAUCUUGA